AGUAGUAACGCGAUCGGCGCGACUUUUGCAAACUCCCAUUCAGUAACACGUGGUCUGCAGCAUGGCAUCGUUACAGUUUGAUGACAAAAACGUACCGUAUCUCGACCUCGGCGACGGCUAUCGGAUCGCACUGGAAGGUGACGAGUACACGGAUGCGAAGGCAAAGGAAAAGGCCGCCCGGGAGUUGCGCGAAACGCCGGACGUGGUGGAGAAGUCGAUGGAAGAAUUGCGCGCCCUGCUGCAAGACGAAAAGACACUCUACGUGCCGAUGGAUAAUGAUCCGUUCAUGAUAAAAUUCCUGCGCCCAUGCAAAUACUACGCACAAAGUGCCUUCGAGCUGAUCAAACGCUACUAUCGCUUCCGCAGCAAACAUCCGGACCUGUGCGAUGAGCUGUACCCCGUAUCGGUGAAGCAUGUCUACGAGGAAGGGUUGGUCCAUUUUCUACCGCUGCGUGAUCAGCACGGUUCCCGCAUUUUGGUGCUCGAGUGUGGCAAGAAAUGGAAGCCAGCGAAGGUGUCCCUUACCGAUCUGUUCCGCGCGGUACAGAUCGCCCUGGAAGCGGGCAUGUAUGAGCCGCGCACACAGCUGAACGGUGCCAUCGUCAUACUGGACAUGGAAGGACUGUCGCUGUCACAAAUUAUGCAGUUUACGCCCAAGUUCGCGGCGAUGGCACUCGACUGGAUCCAGCAGUGUACGGCGAUGCGCCUCAAGUCGGUACACAUCGUGAACAAUUCGUAUCUGUUCAAUAUGCUGUUUGCCAUCUUCAAACCGUUCUUGACGGAAAAGCUACGCAAGCGGCUAUUCUUCCACCAAAAGGAUUGGAACUCACUGAUGUCACACAUCGAUGCCAAAUGCUUGCGCCCCAAGUACGGUGGAACGCUGGAAUGUCUGGAAACGGACGGAAAGCUUCUCGGUGAAAUGUUUGAGCUGUACCACAAAGAAUUUGAACUUGCCAACUCCUUCGGUUACCUCCGGAAACAGGACUAGCGUACCAGAGAUGAACACUUAACGAGCUAGUAUUUAAGCCUAAACACGGGGAAAGAUUGUGAUAUCAAGCAUCGAAUGACAAUCUAGUUCUUGAUGUAGAUGUACUCGUUGCAAACGAGCCUACUUGUAGCCGGGAUCUAAAUGGGAAUUUCGUUGGGAUUGUUUGAGUGUGUGUACUUAUAUUCGGUUUUAGUUUAGCGUAAUGCUAGGAGUGCGUCGAUUAAAGCCAUUCAAUAACAGUGCAAUAUCAAAAAGUCGAUGGCUUAACUCAAAUAAAAACAAUAUUAUUUGAC